AUGGGUCUAACUAAGCAAUAUCUUCGAUAUGCACCAAGUGGAAUUUUUAACGUCGUUGCUAGCUCAGAUUGUAACAUCAGCCAUGUAACACUUAAUGGCAUAUCUGGAAGAUACAUAGCAGUAGGAGCAUGUGAGCAUGUUAUUAUUUGGGACAUGCGAUUGGGAGAAAAGGCACAAGUCAUUACUGGAGAGAAAGCGGCGGUUUCCCAAAUAGCAUGUAGCCCCACAGGGAAUCAUAUGGCUGUAGGCUAUGUUGAUGGUAAUAUCAAUGUAUAUGACCUACAUAGUAAUGAAGUUAUAUGUGUUUUUGCUGGGCACAAGUCAGCUAUUACUUGCUUACAGUAUGACGAACAAGGGCACAGAAUUGUAUCAGGAUCAAAGGAUACUGAGGUGAUAUUAUGGGAUGUUGUCUCAGAAACUGGUAUUGCCAGGUUUAGUGGACAUAAAGGAAUAAUCACCAGUGUACUUUUCAUAAAUGGCAAAAAUUGUGUGGUUAGCUCAUCUAAAGACACAUUUGUGAAGUUUUGGGACAUUGAAACUAAACACUGCUUUAAAACACUGGGUGGACAUCAAACAGAGGUGUGGUCAUCCAUUUUAUUAAAAGAGGAAAGAUAUUUAGUAACAGGUAGUACAGAUCAAGAACUAAGAGUAUGGAAGCUGGUAUGGACUGAUAAGAUAAAAGAUGAAGACAAAAUUACACAACAACUAGAAAUUGUUAAACUGGAAGACGGAGAUUCUGAAGAAAGUUCUGUACUGCAGUGUCACCAAGUUGGUACACUCGUACGGGGUGGCAAAGGUCGUGUAGUGGGAAUGGCCACAGACCCAGGGCAAAAAGUAUUGGCUUGUUAUGGCACUGACUCAUUAUUAGAACUAUUCGCCUUCUGUUCAGAUGAAGAUGCAAAACUUAGGAUGAACAAAAGGAUCAAGAAGCAACGUAAGAGGCUUGCGAAACUGGCAGAAGAGUCCGAUAAUGCAAAUGAAAAUCUGGACGUAUCCGAAAUCCUAACGUUAUCCGACGAAGUGCGAAGAUUGACGUCAAUGAAACUAAGCGGGAAAAUGAAAUCUACAACUCUCCUAUUGGGAAUGUCUGGGGAAUUGAGAGUUGGUGUGUCCCUUGCUAGUAAUACAGUUGAGAUGCAUAGUUUGAAUAUUUCCGAGUCGAGUGAAGUGAAAUGUCUGAAGCAGAUAACUAUACCAGGGCAUCAGAAAGAGCCAAGAUGUGUGACAUUCAGUUCUGACAAUCUCGCCAUACUGUCGGCGUCUGUGGACUCAAUCAAGAUAUGGAACAGAAAUAGCCAAUCAUGCCUACGUACGAUUCCGGUACCCUGCGGUAGGCCAGUCAGUGCGUGCUUUGCUCCAGGGGACAGACACGCACUGGUGGGAUGUGUGGACGGACAGCUACUGCUAAUUGACGUAGCCGCUGGUACCAUUUUGGAAUCCGUACCAGCUCAUACCACUAAUUGCGCUGUUGUCGGACUAACACCAGAUUUGCGGGGAUGUUAUUCGGGUGGAGGCGAUAAAACUGUGAAGCUGUGGCAAUUCGAGCUCAUUGACGAUCCCACUGGCGAAUCUAAAGCAAAGGUGCUAUCCCUCCUACACACGAGAACAUUGGAGCUAGAGGAGACGGUGACAGCUGUCAAAAUCAGUCCGAACAGUAAAUUCAUUGCAGUCGCAUUAUUGGACUCUACUGUCAAGAUAUUCUUUUUGGAUACCUUUAAAUUCUACUUGUCUCUAUAUGGUCACAAGCUGCCCGUUUUAUCCUUGGAUAUAAGCUACGACUCAAACCUCAUAGCAACCGGUUCAGCAGAUCGAAACGUCAAAAUAUGGGGCAUGGACUUUGGUGAUUGUCACAAGUCAAUUUUCGCACAUAACGACUCGGUGACAGCCCUCCAAUUCGUUCCCAGUACACAUUAUUUCUUCACGGCCUCUAAAGAUGGAAAAGUCAAGCAAUGGGAUGGAGAUUCAUAUGAUAAUAUUAUCAUCCUUAAUGGUCACGCAGGGGAGUGUUAUGGGUUGUCAGUAGGCGCAGGAGGUCUACAUGUAGCUUCAUGUGGUUCUGAUCGCGCUUUAAGACUAUACUCUCGCACUGAUGAGCCCCUGGUACUUGGAGACCAAGACGAGGAGGAAGAAGGACUGGCCACGGGAGAUCAACAUGCCCCUGUACCUGGAUUACCAGGUUUAACAAUGCCCACAAAGAAAACAAUUGGUGCUGAGAAAGCUGCGGAUUCAAUACUCGAGUGCCUGUCAGUGGGAGCGGAGUACGCAUCUCAAGUGGCAGAGGCGAAAGGCGCGCCCGUACAGCCUCCCGUAUUGAUGGCAGCUUACAAUUGCUCUACUGCCGAGGACUUCUUACUUGCGACUGUUCGGAAGAUACGCUCCAGUGACCUUGAAGAAUCGCUCCUCCUCCUCCCGUUUAAUUCUGCGUGUGAGAUUGUGAAGCUUCUUCCAACUCUCCUAGAACGCGGAGACAGUACGGAACUGUUAUGUCGCUUAGCGUUCUUCCUCGUCCGAGUGCAUCACGCUCCGCUCGUGGCCAACCGGCAUUUGCUGAAAUAUCUCAUACAGAUCCAGGCGAAGGCUAAUAUGAGGCUCACGGAGCUUAGGGACAUGGUUGGUUACAAUCUACACGCUAUACAAUGGUUACAACGAGACGUCGAAGCCAACGAGAAUGAACAAUUGUUCCGCGAAGCAACGAAUGAACGACGAGCCAAUGAGAAACGCACGCGCAGGAAACGAGCGCUUAAACGGCCUAUUGUUACGGUCACGUGA